CCCCUUCCCCACAGUUAAAGUGAACUUCGCGCCCAACUUGUGUCGCAAAUCAGGUCCAGGUUAGUUAUGUCCAGCGAGGUAUCCUUUCCGCUCUCGUUUCCAACAGCUGAUCCGCUACUGACGAUCACACACCCUCAACAAGAAAUUUGGAUAGUUGAGCUGCACGACGGGCAGGAUUCCCGCCUGACGACACGAAUGAUAGAUGAGGCAUUGCGGCCUGCGUUGGAUAUGGUAGAACGCAGCUGGUGCGCUAUGCGAGACAAACAAGCAAACGACGGCACAAAUAAGAGAGGUGGUGCUCUUAUCAUCGUUGGAAGGAGAGAUCAGGACAAAUUCUUCAGCAAUGGGUUUGACUACGAGACGGUGAAAGGAAAUUUAUCCUUUUUCAAUGACACGGCGAACCCCUUGUUUGCGCGUCUUCUCACAUACCCAAUACCUACUAUAGCAGCUAUUAACGGCCAUGCAUUCGCUGCUGGGAUGAUGCUCUCUCUUGCUUGUGAUUACCGGGUCAUGACCGACGGUAGCAGGCGAAGGGCGUGGAUGUGCAUGAACGAGAUUCAUUUCGGCGCACCAUGGCCUCUGAGUUUCACUGCAAUUCUCAACGCAAAAGUUGGCUCUCCAGUGAUGCGCAGGCGAGUCGCGCUCGAGGGGCAUCGCUUUACACCCUCGGAAGCUCUGAAAGCAGGGAUAGUCGACCGCCUUGCGAAUUUGACAGGCACGAGUGUAGAAAAUGGAACCGAUAAAGUCCUGGAAGAGGCAAUGAAACUGGCCAACGAAGUCAAGAUAUUAGCGAGCCAAGGUGUUUGGAGUGCAAUAAACACGUGCCUAUACAAAGAUUGCCUGGAGGUUUUAUAUUCUGAUGCUCGAGUUCAUAUGAUCUCACCGAACAGAGAGGCAAAACUAUGACAUCAUUCCGCACCCGUAAUAUGGCCGUGAAUGUUGCGAUCGUUUGGUGAUAUUGACCCGCAGGCAGAAAUUAAUCAAUGUUGGCGAUGAGACUGGGGAUGGAGCAAGCUAAUGUUUAGAUUAGCAUGAAAGAGGCAUCCAUCAUCCUCUGAAAAAAUUCCGCUCCUGCGACAACAAUCCUACACAUGGCGAAUACUUAUAAUACCUUGGCCGGAAAAACACGGAGCUCUUGGUCCAGCAAAACCUGGGCUGGCUACCAUUCCGGCCUCAAAACAAGCAGCAGCUGGUACCAGUAUGCAGCUAUUUGGGUAACUCUUCUUUCUUGUAGUAUGGCAACAACGUGGUGGGUUCCCUGCCUAUCGCAAUAUAGGACAGGAUGCUACAUCACACUACGUACACUAUACACGAUACCAAGUCAUACGAGUUUUUUUUCUUGCUCUCAAGGUAUAAAUGAAGCGUCAGAGACCCCUGUUCGUCGAUAAA